AUGAAUAAGGCUGGCUCUGCUCUGCUCUGCUGUCCAUUUCGUCGCGGCUUGCGCGCUUUGCUGAUAUCCGUCGUCCUUCCUCUUCUUGAUUCCGGCCGGACAGGGGGCCAGGCGUCGGGGUACGGCGACGAUUCGGGCGCCGGCGGCAUGACGGCGCUGCAGAAGCACGCGGCCUUCUUCGACCGCGACAAGGACGGCGUCGUCACCUUCUCCGAGACGUACGCAGCGUUUCGGGCCCUCGGAUUUGGAUUUGCUUCGUCCACCUUGAGUGCCACCUUCAUCAAUGGCGUCCUUGGCCCCCAGACCAGACCGGAAAAUGACACGGCGCGCAUGUCCAUCUACAUCGAGAACAUCCACAAGGGCAUCCACGGGAGCGACUCAGGCGCGUAUGACUCCCAAGGAAGGUUCGUUCCGGACAAGUUCGAUGCGGCGUUCGCCAAGCACGGCAAGACGGUGCCGGACGCCCUGACGUCCGCGGAGGUGGACGAGCUGAUCGCCGCGAACCGGCAGCCCGGCGACUACGCGGGAUGGGCGGGCGCGUCGGCGGAGUGGAAGCUGCUGUACAGCAUCGGCAAGGACGAGGACGGGCUCCUCCGCAAGGACGCCGCCAGGGGCGUCUACGACGGCAGCCUCUUCGCCAGGGUGGUGCAGGAGCGGAGGGCAUCCUCGCUAGAAGAAACCCAGGCAUGA